UAGCCUUGUGAUGCAUGUAAAGAAGUUUGUCUAGAAGCGGUCAGAAACGCAGAAAAAUGCGAAAAUGGGAAAGACAGAAAUUUCUGUCGUCGUUGUGCUCGAGUACUGGCGCUCUCGCACUUGGAAACCGUUUCGAGGAAGAAGGCUGCAGGAAAAAAAAAAUGUUAUGACAUUUAUUUUUCGAACAGUUUGAGUUUGGCUGGGCCUGUGAUUUUCGUGUGGAAAAAUGUCAAAUGUACAGCCGGUAACCGUUUUUUCCAGUACAUUUCUCAUCCCUGGAAUCACCUAUUCAAUAAACCUAGAUUCAAGCAGCAUGGUGAUGCUGCAUAGCUAUGCGUUUACCGCCUCGGUUUUAAGCUUAGUCGGGUAUUAGUUGAGUCGAAAAUGCAAGAAACUGCAUGGGAGUCAGUCGUAAUAUCACAGUCUGUGGUAAUAUUGUUGAUACGAGGUAGGGUAUGACAAAGUGUGCGUUUUCAUGGUAGUGGUAGAGGCGACAAAGCUUCAACAUGAGUUCAUUUCAGUGUCUACCUGUUUACGUGCAGAUGAACACAAACAGUCUCCGUACAACUAAAUCCUGAAAUUGUGUACUUAAAGUUAAAAUCUAGUGGCCUGAAGACUUCAGUUUUACCUAAGCUGCUAAUCAAAAGGUACAAAAUUUAUUAGGCCUGAGAGUUAUGGAUUUGCAAGCAAUCAAAACUGAACCGGAAGAAUUCAGAGAAAACCCCUAUCCAGUUUGCCGCCUGUGUCUGAGCGAAGGAGCACUAGGCGAUGUAUUCGACGAACAAGGACUGGAUCAACUGAUACUGGAUUUGCUUUCGAUAACGGUGUACCUCGAAGAUCCCAUUAGCCAAUCUGUAUGCGGCGCCUGCCAUACACGAAUAAUUGAAUUCCAUCAAUUCCGGACCCGUUGCCAGGAAGUGCAAACUGUGCUUCAAUCUUGGCUGCAGUCUACGAUUCAUCAAGAAGCGACCCAACUAGAACAAGCAAAAAGAAAUCAAUCAUCUGAAAUAGGUAAUGCUAAAACCAAUCCAUUACAAUGUGAAGUAUGUCAGAAGUUGUUUAAAACGAGGAAGGUAUUGCUCUGCCAUAAGAAAAUUCAUCAACCUAGGAAGCACAUAUGCAAAAUGUGUAGCAAACCUUUCGGAAGGCGUCAACAAUUGUUAAGACAUAUGAACCUAGUUCACCCAAAGGAACCGGAAACGAACGAUGAUACAAUAUCAGAAUCGCGUGGAAAAAUCGUUGCAGUGAUCGAAUCCUUAGAACAAGAGCAGGUUACGCAAAAUGAUGCACUUGCUUCGGAAACGUCAGAUGCAAUAGAUCAAGAAGGAGUGGCUCAAGACUGUUACGAAGACGUGGAAGAACAGUUUGAAGAAUCACUACAGAGUACGAAAGGCGGAGAUACGAGCAAGACCUUUUGCGAAGCAACUUCUAGUCAUCUGGCCAAUGGAAAAGGGAUAAAUACCGAGAAAAACGAACUGCAAUGUGAUAUAUGUUUCAAGACAUUCAAGCUAGGGAAAACCAUGAGGGCGCACAAGAAGAGUGCCCAUGGAAUAAAUGCACUCGUUUGUCCGAUUUGUGAACGACCGUUUGCACAACGAAAUUUACUGCAAAGACACAUAGAGAGUCAUCAGUCUGUGGAAGAACGCAUGCAACGUGUGAAAAACAAUGCAAGACCAUUCAAGUGUGAUGUAUGCGAAAAGGCAUUUGCACGCAAAGGAAGGCUCGGGGAACACCAGAAAAAAGUGCAUGGACCAAGGAACCAUGAGUGCCAUAUUUGCAGCUUUCGAUUCACUAUGCGAGAUGAUCUUGAGAAGCACAUCAAGAGGCACGCUCGAGACCGUGACAGCAAAGAAGACUUUCGAUUGUUGCAUCAGAUGCAACCGAAAGAUGCAAAUGUUGAAGGCCAGCCGAAAAGCAUAAAAAUCGCGAAAGACUGUGAACAAAAUUUCGCAGCCGACCGAGCACAGUGCGGAAAAUGCCAGAAGACAUUCACAUCCCAUAAAUCUCUGUGGCUGCACUACAAAUUUACGCAUAAGCCGAAAAAGAUGAACUGUUCUAUUUGCAGUGCAGUUUUCAUAACGAACAAGCACCUCGAGAAGCAUAUCUUAAGAAACCACAAGCAACAAGAUGGCACCCUUCAACCCCUGAAGUGUCCGGUGUGCAGCAAGGUGUUUCUAACAAAAGGUCAGCUAAACCGGCAUGCAAUGAAUCACGGACCGCGAAAACACUGCUGCUCUGUUUGUAAUAAAACAUUCAUAACACCGCAGAAACUGGAAUCACAUAUGAGAUGUCAUGUAGAUUCGAAAGACGAUAGUAUUUCUCAGGUUAUUAAGAAGGGAUCCGUAAGCAAAUACUUAUCAGUCUCUGAAAGUGAACUUGUGGAAUACAGCUCUGAAUGUCAGUCAGAUCUCAAAGAGCCCAUCAGUCUAUUCGAAGCAGAAGAGUUCAAAAUUGAGCCAGAAUAGGUUGCACAACUGAUAAAGACUGAAAAUUUUAAAGAAACAACAGCGAUUCGAAACAACUAAUGCAAAUAAAAGAGGCUUUAAACCAUUAGAAAUACGAUGGAGAAACCUUAAACCUCAUUGAAAAAUGUCUAUUAGUUCUUUGUCGUGAGCGUAUUUUAUAUUUAACUGACGGAUGGCAUUGCUAACCUACAUUGGUGUCUCCAUCAGCUUCCCUCCUCAAUCAUUGUUGGUGGCUCCAUUACCGUCAUCAACUAUGCUAAUCCUGUAAUUACCAUCUAACAAAUUCUUAUAAUGGUUCUUCCCACCUUCUUCCAUUGUAUUGUUUUAUCUAACACCACAUUGCUUUUUAUGAUCCUUACACAUGGUAUGCACUGGCACAGGCUUGUGCUGCGCCCUACUGACAGUUGCAUAAAACCUCCCCAUGUCGUUUCUCUCCAUGUAUUCAUGCACUUCAG